UUAUUUGUAAAUAUUGAAAAUUAUUUUUUGAAACAUUACAAGUUAAAAUUUCUAAUUUGGUUAAAGUGUCAUAAUAAUUGUACUAAAUUUUGAGUUUUAAACGUAAUUCAAUAUUUUAUACUUUAAACACAUUAAUGUGAAUUUUUUUUGUCAAUAAAACUAUGUCUUGAUACCUUUAAUCUUAACAAAUUUUAUAAUGUUUACUGAAAUCAGUGAAGCAAUUAAAAAAAAAAAUUUCAAUCUAGUUAAUAAUCUUUUAGAUGAAUUCAAUGAAAAUCAUAAAGACACAUUCAAUUUUAAUUGUUUUGAUAAAGAAAAUUCAUAUAAAUGGUUUUGGGAUUUGAUGUUUCACUAUGUAUCACAAGAUGAUAAAAAAGUUUUGCAUAAAUCAUGUUUAUCAUGUAUAAGACUAUUAAGUCGUGACAAAACACAGUUAAUUGAAUCCAUUCAUGAAAAUCACAUAAAUAUUCUAUUGGAAUCUGCUAAUCUUCUUAAUGAUUCAUUGUGCAUAUUUAUUACAUCAGAAAAUAAAGAUGUUAUAAUAGAAAGUCUCAAGUGUUUAUGCAAUAUUAUUUAUCAGUGUGAAAAUGCUCAAAUAAUAUGUUGUUCCAAUAAAACUGUGGAUUGUCUUAUAUUAAGACUCAGAACUUAUUAUCAGUGUGAGGUGCCACAUGAUAUUAAGUAUUUUGAUAUUAAGCUUUUAUUUCUUCUUACUGCAUUUAAUAAUGAACUAAGGAUGAAGAUUUCCAAAGAACUGCAUGGUAUCACUUAUCUGAUGGAAGUUUUAGAUAAUAUUUUACGUAAUAUUAUUGAUGAUUCAUCAACCAAUAAAUCAUGUUUUAAUGAAGAAAAUGUAUCAUUAAGUUGUGAGAUCUUAAAAGUACUUUUCAAUCUAACUGUAAAUCCAAUAUGCAAUCCAUCAAAUGACGAUGAUUAUUCCACAUGGGUAAGACUUAUAUCAAUAUUGCGAGAUUUACUUGUAACUUCAACCUAUGCUACUAUUCAUCAAGAUAAUAUUAUCAGUAAUGUUGUGAACUUAUUGACCAAUGUGCCACCUCAAUGUUUAGAUCAGUUGUUGAUAAAAAGUCAUUGGACUAAUGUACUAGCUUUAAAUGUUUUAAUAGAUUUCCUGGACAAUCGUUUAUCAACUUUGCAAGUCUUAUAUGAAAAUGUUUCACCUACAUUAAUAGUUUUGUUAAAAGGAUCAAAGGCAAUAUCUAAGUUUCGUUGUUCAGUAAGACAACAUAUUUUACCUCCUUUAAAAGAUGUAAUGAAUAGACCCGAACAAGGAAAUACAUUGCGAAAUAAAAUGUGUCGCCUGUUAACCACUCCUAAUGUUAAUUUACGAGAUCUUGUUGCUGAACUUCUUUUUGUAUUGUGUAAAGAAAAUGUUGGAAGAAUGAUCAAGUACACUGGAUUUGGAAAUGCUGCUGGAUUAUUUGCUAAUCUAGGUUUACUUAAUAAAACACCAAAUCCAGAUUAUUCUUCUGAUAGCGAGGAUAGUGAUACAGAUGAAUACCUCAAAUACAAAGACCAGAUAAAUCCUGUACUUGGAUGUUUUGAACCACCUAAACCUAAUCCAUUUGAGUGUAUGUCAGAAGAACAGCAAGAACAUGAAGUAAUGCAGUUAGUUUGUAAAAUGGACAAACUUACUAGGGAGGGUGUAAUCCAACCAUGCAAGAUUGGAGAUGAUGGACGUCCUAAACCUAUAGAGCAUGUACUACAACUUCAAGAAGAGUUAUUAAGUCAUUUCAACAAUACAAAAAAUAGGGAUAAUUCUGAUGAUGUGAAUGAUUAUUGAUAAGAAUUAGUUUUAUUGUUAAAUUCUGACUUAUUAUGGACAACUUUAAAUUAUUUCUGUUUUUACAUUAUAAAAUUUACAUUUUCAAUUUUAAUAAAAUAUUAUUUCCUGUUAAACAUAGAAAAUAGUUAAUUAAUUAUUGUAACACAUUUUUUUUUAAUAUUUCAAUUUCAAUGAACAAUUUAUGUAGAAAUUGAAACAUUUACGAUUAUCAAAUAAAUAAUUUAGUAUAUUUUCAA